AUGUAUGUGAAAGGAGGUAAUAGAAUUGAGACAGUGAAGCCUGGGAAAUUGAAAAAGAUGGAGGUAGGCGGUCAAAGAUGGUUGUGCGUGGCCCUUGUAUUUGUUCUGACUAUUUUUCAUAUUGAAGCUGCUAGAAUUGGUCAAGGAGGAGAAGUUGCCUUCAACUUGGACAACAACAAAGUACAACAGCGAGAUCUGUCCAAGGGUAUCUACUAUGGGAUGAAGCCUAAAGGUGUACCACUUCCUCCAUCUGGGCCUAGCAAGAGGACGUCUGCCUCUCCUCCUCCACCUCCUCAUCAUCGCUUUAAUCAAGCUCUCAUCAAGGGCCCUGUUCCUCCCUCUGGGCCUAGCAAAAGGACCUCUGACUCUCCUCCUCCACCUCCUCAUCAUCGUUUUAAUCAAGCUCUCAUCAAGGGCCCUGUUCCUCCCUCUGGGCCUAGCAAAAGGACCUCUGACUCUCCUCCUCCACCUCCUCAUCAUCGCUUUAAUCAAGCUCUCGUCAAGGGCCCUGUUCCUCCCUCUGCCCCUAACCAAAGGACCUAUGACUCUCCUCCUCCACCUCCUCAUCAUCGCUUUAAUCAAGCUCUUGUCAAGGGCCCUGUUCCUCCCUCUGCCCCUAACUGA